AUGGCUCCUUGCCGCACCUCCUUCGUUGUGAAACUACCGACAGUCAUGAUGCUUCUGGCCCUCUUCAUAUCUCUCCUCGCCCGUACUUCCGACGCACAGGGAUACUCUUCUGGUCCUGUCGUCCGCCACACUAAAUCGGUUGACACCCCAGGAGGGCAGGCUGGAGCCGACAUUGUGGUGGCGAAGGAUGGCAGCGGUGACUUUACCACAGUUCAGGCCGCGCUUGACGCCGUACGUCCUGGCACGCCAUCCCGCUGGAGUGUGAUUUUUAUUGAGAGCGGCGUGUACUGGGAGCGCGUCGUGAUGAACGAGUCUUUGCACCACGUCAUGCUGGUGGGGGCCAACGGCCGCAAGGGAGACCGUGCCAAGAUCACGUUCGCAAAAACCAUGCCCUCAGGAGGGGGACUGGACGACAGCGCGACGUUUCGACUGCUGGCAAACGACGUGAUGGUGUGGAAUGUCGUCUUCGAAAAUGCCUACGGACCCGGCGACAAGGGAGGGAGGGCGGAGCAGGCACUGGCGAUCCAAGUGGAGGGCACGCGCGUCGCCUUCUUCCAAUGCACGUUUAUGGGAUACCAGGAUACUCUUUAUGCGGCCAACGGUCUGCAGUACUACCGCAGCUGCACGAUCUUCGGGCGCAUGGACUUCGUGUUCGGCAACGCCAAGGCGGUGUUCGACCAGUGCCGCUUCCGCCUCGUCUACUGGGGCGGCGCGUACUUCGCGCAGGCCAGGGACCAAGGGGAGGACACUGGAUUCGUUGUUUGGGGCGGCUCGCUCUCCCCAUACGGAAAGGGCCCCAUUCGCCCGGGCUACCUGGCGCGCGCAUGGGGGGCGUACUCCACAGUGGUGUUCGUGAAGACCUACUUUGAUGUUGGGUCGGUUCGAGAGGAGGGUUGGAGCUAUGUGGGUGGUUACAGUAACACUCGGAACGUCAUUUUUGGUGCGUACAAGUGUUACGGGCCUGGCUACAACUCGAGCCUGUGGGAGCACAACGGCAGGGAGAUGAGCGCGGCGGAGGUGGCGCCGUACAUGUCACCGGAUUACGUGAACAAGGACAAGUGGAUUCCGUACAACCCGCUCAACCUCAUGCCGGCCGCUGGCACCAGUGCGGUGGGCAGCGUGGGGGCAGCGCGCGAUCCGAAGUCACCUGUGGAGUCUAUCGGCGCACGCGGACAGAGGCAACCUCGCGGAACCGGUUCAGCAGGGCGAGGCAAAGGCACGGGGGGAACGUCCAGUGGCUUUGGUGUGGACUUGCCGUGA